AUGUUUGGCGGCGGCUCCAAUUCUUCAGGAUCAAAAACCGAGAGCGACACCAAGGGUGAGGGCAAGUCGCCCUCCCCGGACUCGAGCCCCGGCUCCAGCGCCGCAACCCCCAUCAAGACGACGGACCAGGCUGCUAGCGGAGAGAAGCGUAGCGGCAAUGGAAGCCCGCCCGGCCGGAACGACAAUGGCGCCAACACAGACAAGAAGCGCAGGAGUAGUGGCGUUGGAAGCAAAGCCAGCAGUCUACUCGCCUCGGCCAAGAACUCCUUGAGUUUCGGUCAGGGUGGCCGUGGUAACUCGGACCUCAGCGCCCAGACGCCGCUACAAAAGCUUGGCAAGCAGGAUCCCGCUCUGGCUGUUCCCCAAGGUCAGCACAAUAACUCUGCAGGCGAGUCGGUUCCGGGCCCGAAAUCCACGUUCCGCGUCGGUGUUUGGGAGGACAGAAACAAGAAAUGCCGGCGCACCAUGGAGGACACGCAUGCCUUUCUCUACAACUUUCUCGAUACUCCUGACCCCUCGACGGAGCCUGGCGACAAGGGAGCCAAGUCGGAAAAGGACGCCACCGAGACAGCCGAGCGAGAAAUUGUGCAGUCAGACAACGGCUAUUUUGCCAUCUUCGACGGACAUGCCGGAACCUUCGCUGCUGACUGGUGCGGGAAGAAACUGCACAUCAUCCUCGAGGAAAUGAUACGCAAGAACCCGAAUGUUGCGAUCCCGGAACUCUUGGACCAGACAUUCACAGCCGUCGAUGCACAGCUUGAGAAGCUCCCCCUGAAAAAUAGCGGCUGCACGGCAGCUAUCGCCGUCUUGCGCUGGGAGGACCGCGUGCCAAGCGACCGAUCGGUCACCGGCUCUGUCCCGAUCGCUCCGGCUGCUGCCGCUGCCGCAGCUAAGGCGGCGGCCAAGGCGGCCAAGGCUAACGAACAGGCACUGUCGGAACUGUCGGAAAAGGAAAAGGAGGUCACCACCACCGUCACGGAGGUCGACACGAAGCCUUCCGCGGAUGCUGCCCAGGCAAGGUUAAAGGGCUCGGCAAGCCGGCAACGCGUCCUGUACACGGCCAACGUCGGCGACGCCCGCAUCAUACUGUGUCGUGGCGGUCGUGCCCUCCGACUCUCUUACGACCACAAGGGAAGCGACGAGAACGAGGGCAGGAGAAUUGCAAACGCUGGCGGUUUGAUUCUCAACAAUCGAGUCAACGGUGUCCUGGCUGUAACGCGAGCCCUUGGCGACGCCUAUAUGAAGGAUCUCGUCACCGGCCACCCCUACACCACGGAGACGGUCAUCCAACCCGAUCUCGACGAGUUCAUCAUCAUCGCGUGCGAUGGCCUCUGGGACGUUUGUAGCGAUCAGGAAGCAGUCGACCUGGUCCGAAAUGUACAGGAUCCUAACGCGGCCUCAAAACUGCUGGUCGACCACGCGCUUAGCCGCUUCAGCACUGACAACCUCUCAUGUAUGAUUGUUCGCUUUGAUAAGGAAGCUGCGGCUCAGAGCCAGAGCUCCAAGGAAACGGGCGAGUCGGCUGCGGCGUCCAAGGUCAGCGAAGCAGACAAGAUUGUCAUGGACACGAAGCAAAAGAUUGCCGACGGAAGCACCCCGCCGCUCGGAGUCUCCGCCAGCAACAGCGGUCGCGGGUACGACGCGGUUGGCUCCGAGGAAGCCGACUUUAUCCCGACGGCGCUGGACGGGACGCUCGAGGAGGAGCCUUCUUCGAUUGGCGAGGGAGAUAGCCCAGAAGUGACUCCCGGCCUGGGCAACGAGCCCGUCGACAAACAGGCGACGGAUUCCUAG